AUGCAAACGUUACAGAGUCCUAAAAACAUUAUUUUACCUAUUGCUGCAUCAGGAAAUAGUCAUUCAACUUGCGUUGUAUGUAAAAGAAGGGGACCAAAGUUAGUGACUGUAUCUCUAGAAUCACGUUAUAGACUUUUCGUGGAGAAAGGACACCUUAUCAUUUCUGGAACAAGAUGCUGCCCCAAUCAUCUUAAUUCUGAUGGCUACUUUUCAACAGAAGCAAAAGGUAUAAUCAAAGAUGAUGACAAUGCAAAAUCUAGCUUCAAUCGUACUGAGAUUUUCAGUUUGAUUGACAAUGUUCGUGCCAUAGCAAUAAGAAAUGAACAGAAGAGGAUUGACUUUGAUGACCCAAAUUCUUUAACUGAUGGAGACUACGUUAGCCUGACUGGCCUAUCUAAAAAUGACUUUGAGGAUCUAAGCCAGUAUAUCUCUACCGUGAAGUCAUCUAAGAAUAGGACAAGCCGAACCUGCCUAUCAGUACUGCUAGUCAAACUUCGCACAGGAUUAUCCAAUAGACUGAUGUCAACCAUGUUUAACAUUGGGAAAUCAGCGAUAAGACGGGCCAUACAUUCAGCACGAGAGGCACUGUGUGUUAAUUUUGUACCAAAAUUUCUUGGAUUCCAGCAUAUAUCCAGAGAAAAGGUUAUCAGUAAACAUACCCGUCCAUUAGCACAAGAGCUAUUUGGAAAUUUUAGCAAUCCUCCAGCUAUCUUAGUAAUAGAUGGAACAUAUAUCUACAUCCAGAAGAGUGGGAACUUCCAGUUUCAGCGGCGUAGUUACAACACUUAUAAGACCCGACCUCUCGUCAAGCCAAUGGUGUAUGUGACUACAACAGGCUAUAUUGUGUCUGUCAUGGGUCCUUAUUUAUCUGAUUCCAAGAAUAAUGAUGCUGGGAUUAUUAAACAUGCAGAACAAGGAAAUAUGGAAAACAUGAUGAACUGGUUAACAGAAGAAGACAUCAUUGUUGUUGACAGAGGAUUCAGAUAUGCAGUAGAAAUGCUUCAAGACCUAGGAAUUAAGUCUGAGAUGCCAGUGUUUUUACCUAAAGGUCAAAAGCAGUAUACUACAGUAGAUGCAAACACAUCACGGCUUGUCACAAAGGUGCGUUGGGUGGUAGAGUCUGUGAACGGUCGGAUUAAACAAUGGAAAUAUCUUUCCAACAUUGUACCCAACACACAGAUUCCCUAUAUUGGAGACUUUGUCCGCAUUGUUGCAGCGUUAUGCAACAAGUACAGACCUCCAUUGAGCAGUGCAGACCAUGAUGCUGAUCAGAUCCUAGCUGCUAAAAUGAGAGUACUGGCAAAGGACAAGAACAGUUUGCAGGAACGAGUUAGAGAAGAAAGUCUAGACAGAAGAACAGCAUCAUGGAAAAGAUUAGAGGCAGAUAAUGCAGUGGUUGAUUUCCCUUCCUUAUCUGAGGAUGACCUGCGUAACAUCACUUUGGGUGUUUACCAGCUAAAGAUGGCCCGCAGCUACACCCAUGAACACUUAGAAAAUGGUGAUUAUACAUUAAUGGUUGAUGAGAGUAUCUCCGGUAUCAUUCGUGUGUCUAUUCAAAGUCGUCACAUCUCUGCCAAAAAAUAUUUGCUGUGGGUUGAGUAUGACCAGAUACUUGUUAAGUCUUGGUAUUGCCAAUGUCGAGCUGGAUCACGUGUUGUUGGAGCUUGUGCCCAUGUAUCUUCUGUACUAUGGUAUCUUGGGUAUGCUAGACACCUUGAUAAAAUCUCUUGGGUGAGAAAUUGGACAAAAUUUCUUGCUGAUGCUGCAGUCCCUGUUCUGAUGGAUGAUUCUGAUGGAGAAAGUGAACCAGAGGAGUGA